AAAAUUUUUAAAAAUUAAGAAAAAAUACAUAGAAUAUUUAAUGACAUGGAGAAGUCCUAACAGUAUUUUUUUUAGUGGGGUGAAAAGCCAGCUUACAAAACAGCUUGCAGUGAUCUUAUUCCUAAAAAUAUGUGUUCAUUCACAGAACAAUUGUAGAAAAAAUAAACAUUGACAUUUUGAGGGGUCUUCUCUGGAGAAAUUGUAGGUAGCUGUUACUUCCUUUUUUGUGUGUCUUAUCCAUAUUGUCGAAGUUUUCUAGAAUGUAAACGAACAUUUCCAUGAUAUGAAAAUGACGGUAAAAUGUAUUCUAUAAAACGGAACAACUCACUGAGAGAAUGUUUAGCGUAGAACUUGCUGUAACAGUGUCCUGUCUCUUAACAAGUCACUUCUGUGGCUCCUUCCUCGGGAGGGCCCCAGGAGAGGCAGGGAUCCCCAAGGCCUCCUCCCAUUUGAAGCCUUACUGGAGGCCUGUGGUCUGCCUCUUGGUCAUGUAGAAUCCAGCUUUGGGGAAACUGCAAAGUAACCCAAAGUUUGGGAAGUAGGUUUAUAGAGUCUGAGCUAGAAACUCCUUCUCAGAGGAUCUAGUUUCUCCGCCCACGUUUUCCUCAAACAGAAACUAAGGCCGACUUCGGGGCUUGUCCAAGGCCACACAGCCAACUGAAUGACAAGGUGAGGCCUUGAAUCCUUGGCCUUUCCGCCCGGUUGUAUUUGUGUAAUAUGCAGAUUUAGACCGGCCCUUCUCAUACUUUAAUGUGCACGGGGAUCAGCAGGGAUCUUGUUGAAAUGCAGAUUUUGAUCCGGCUCGUCUCGGUGGGCCACUUCUAACCAGCUCUCGGGGAGUGCCGUUUUUGUUGGUCUGGGGAUCGCAGUUUAAGUAGCAGUGGUGUAGAGCACAGAUUCUGGAGCCAGACUUCAGCUUCCAGGUCCUGGCUCUGCCACGGGCUAACUAUGAUUGUUACCCGCGCUGUGCUUCAGUUUCAUCAUCUGCGAAAUCAGUUUAACACCUGAGAGUUUUCGUGAGGAGUUAAUAAGUUGCUACACGUUAAGUGCUUAGGUCGUUGUGCACUACGAAGUGCCCAGUCGAUUAUCAUUCAUAUUGCCCAGAGCAAUCAGCGGGUGAAGUAGGGUUUGUCGAAUGAAUGAAUAACCUUUGGAAAAAAGUUCUUUCCCGGGAGGCUAGCGUCUGAGAAGCAAAAGGGGAGGGCUCGUCGGAGGGGAAGAGGCCCACCUCCAAGGAGCUUCUCUCCCGCGGGUGGUCAGAAGGGCCGGGAGCGCCCGGAAGCCGGCCGGCCCGCGCCCCGCGGACCAAUGCGGCCGCCCGGGGGGAGGGGGCGGCCAGCCAGCCCUUUCCGUCUGGGGCUCCGGCGGCCCCGCCCCUUGCGCGUUGAGACGCUCGCAUUCCACGGUUGCUACAUCGUCGCGAGGGGCGGGGCGCCUGUCAGGGAAGCGGCGCGCGCGCCGGCGCGGGCGGGCUGGGGCUCGGCCGCGCAGUGCCAGCGCCAGCGCCAGACCCGCGCCCCGCGCAGUCCCGACCGCCGCCUGCGUUCUGGCUCGCGAGCCCCAGCUCCCGCCCGCCCGUGCGCUGCCCGAGUAUGGAGCUGCUGUGCUGCGAGGGCACCCGGCACGCGCCCCGGGCCGGGCCGGACCCGCGACUGCUGGGGGACCAGCGUGUCCUGCAGAGCUUGCUCCGCCUGGAGGAGCGCUACGUGCCCCGCGCCUCCUACUUCCAGUGUGUGCAGAGGGAGAUCAAGCCGCACAUGCGGAAGAUGCUGGCGUACUGGAUGCUGGAGGUUUGUGAGGAGCAGCGCUGUGAGGAGGAAGUCUUCCCCCUGGCCAUGAACUACCUGGAUCGCUACCUGUCCUGCGUCCCCACCCGAAAGGCGCAGUUGCAGCUCCUGGGUGCGGUCUGCAUGCUGCUGGCCUCCAAGCUGCGCGAGACUACGCCCCUGACCAUCGAAAAACUGUGCAUCUACACCGACCACUCUGUCUCUCCCCGCCAGCUGCGGGACUGGGAGGUGCUGGUCCUGGGGAAGCUCAAGUGGGACCUAGCUGCUGUGAUUGCCCAUGAUUUCCUGGCCCUCAUUCUGCACCGGCUCUCUCUGCCCCGUGACCGGCAGGCCUUGGUCAAGAAACAUGCCCAGACCUUUUUGGCCCUUUGUGCUACAGAUUACACCUUUGCCAUGUACCCACCGUCCAUGAUCGCCACGGGCAGCAUUGGGGCUGCAGUGCAAGGCCUGGGCGCGUGCUCCACGACUGGGGACGAGCUCACAGAGCUGCUGGCAGGGAUCACAGGCACAGAGGUGGACUGCCUGCGGGCCUGUCAGGAGCAGAUUGAAGCUGCGCUCAGGGAGAGCCUCAGAGAAGCCGCCCAGACCUCGCCCAGCCCGGCGCCCAAAGCCCCCAGGGGCUCCAGUAGCCAGGGGCCCAGCCAGACCAGCACUCCCACAGAUGUCACAGCCAUUCACCUGUAGCCCCGGAGAGGCCCCCUCCAGUGGCCACUGGCAGCAGAGGAGGGGACACCGCCACCCCCCCUCCCUGCAGGAACGAACCACGCCACGCCACGCCACGCCACAUCGGAAGCCUGAGGGGGCCCCCUCCUGUUCGCCCCUCGCCAAGAUGAAGGGGGCAGGCCCUACCUAUCCCUGCAGUGUGCACUAAGGGGCCUGGCCAGCCGUGUUUGGGUGGCCCGCCAGGCUCCUCCUUUUCCCUGCAUCUGACCGGCUCUGCUCUUUCCCUGAUCCUAGCUGGCGGUGGGCCAGGCUGGUCGGAAAUGAAAUUGAAGUAGGUAAAAUACAUGCACCAGCGUUCCUUUUUGAGGCCCCCUUAUUUCUGGGGCUCUCGUGUUCUCAAAUGCCAAAAUGCCCCCAGUGCCUUGUAAAGGUGUUGCACCUUCCAGAGUUCGUGUAUUUGGAUUGGGGUCUUUCUGAAGAGAUUUCAGAGAUGAUGAUAGACAUGUGUGACGGGAAACAGUCUGGACAGCUCCUCCUGACACGCUUUGGAGGCCCCAAUAUAAUCUGUGCGCGCAGCUGCUCCUAGAGGGAGGGACCAGGCCUCUGUCCGAGGGGCGGGCAAGAACCAACCAAUCCCUCCUUGCUUUGCUUUCCGCUCAGCUUCUCCUGUGUGAAUGAGGGGGGUUAGUGCUGAAGGAAGAAGUUGUUUUAAUUUAUUAAUUGCUUUGAGGACAACUGAAAGAGGGUGUGGUGGGGCCCAUCGACCCCACACGCGGUGGUAACCCUGGUGGUUGCUGCAUCCCUCCCCUCUGCUACUGGCUGGAGGAUCUUUGUGGCCAAGGAGCUGCUACAGCCUGGGGUAGGGCCAUGCCCUCCUCUCCCUCUGGCCCUCUGCCCCAUUCUCUGGGGGUGGGGGAUGGAGUAGGGAUAAACUGGAGGUGACUGAGCCCCUGUCUGGAGAGGGAGGCGAGCCCUGUUGACACAGGUCUUUCCUACAGCCACAAGGUCCAGGCUGGUGGCCCGGGACCAUCAUGCUACCUUAAUAAAGAUUCUGGAAUAA